AUGCCUAGCUGCCAGUCACCCAAGGAAAACUGCGACUUGUCGGUGGUGCAACGUGUAGCGAGCGCUUCCGUGGAUUGGCGGCGGGUUCCGCAGGCGUCGGCCCCGGCAGACGCAGUGAAUGGUGACGAGCACGCCUCCAUGAAGCCAGCAGGUGUUUUUCCGCGGUCGCGCGAUUCAGGCAGUGCCGUAGAAAACGGACCAGACGUAGCCCCAGAGAAUGCCACAGAGAACGUUCGAGCUCGGAAACUAGGAGGUUCCGGAUCGUAUGUCACCAGUGCGAAUCACGGGAGCGACGAGGCGCGAUGCCAACGCAUUGCCGAAGCAGUGACUGUAAUUAUGCAAGAGCUGGGCGUAGACCCUGUGCGCUCGAACUUGCGCGACACACCCGAGCGGUACGCGCGUGCGCUGUUAGAGUUCACCAGCGGGUAUGCGCUCUCGCCAGAGGAGACGCUGAGCGAUGCUGUUUUCUCGGAAACCUACUCUGAUAUGAUUCUAGAGCGUGAUAUUGAUAUUUGGUCGCUGUGUGAGCAUCACAUGGUGCCUUUUUUUGGAAAAUGUCACAUAGCAUACAUUCCACAGGGACGAAUUCUGGGUCUGAGCAAGCUCGCCAGAGUCGCGGAAAUGUAUGCGCGUCGUUUGCAGGUGCAGGAGCGUCUCACUCGACAGAUAGCGGAUUGCAUUGAGGAAUACCUACAGCCACGCGGUGUUGCAGUCUACAUCGAGGCGACUCAUUUAUGUAUGUCGAUGCGUGGCAUUCGAAAAACGGAUGCAAGAACGACCACGAUCACAACACGGGGCGUCUUUGCCACCGACCGCAGCCUUCAGGAACAGUUUCUCGACCUCGUGAAACGGUAA